AACACUCACCCGCACCCUCACUCCCACCACCAUGGAAACCGAACCCCUACCUGAAAACCGACCGCCCGUCGUGGACUACAGCGCCAAUGUAGACACCACCCGCGCUUUCCGCUCGGUCAAAGAAGCCGUAGAGGUCUUCGGGGAGCGGUUUCUCACCGGCGAAAUCUUCUUACCGACACGUAAACCCCCUUUCACCUUACCAAAACAAGAAACUCCAUCAUGGAAAUCCACGCAAAGCUCUCAAACAUCAUGGAGAUCAUGCUCACCACCGCGGGAACCUGAAGAACCGCCAAUGUUGCUUGUUAACUCCCUUAAAAAGCUAGAGUCCGAGCUCGAGGAAACGAAGAAAGAGCUGAAGUUGCUGAAGGAGAGAGAGUCUGAGACGGAGGUGGCUUUGGCGUCGUUAAACGCGGAGGUACAGAAGAAUAUGUCGAAGAUUGCGGAAGCUGAGGCGGCGGAGAAACCGGGGGCUAUGGUGGUGAGUGGUGGUGGAGGGAGGAAGAUGGUGGAUAAGAAGAAGAAGCCCAUCAUUCCACUUCUGGGAGAAUUGUUUUCGAAGAGAAAAGGAAAAUCGAAAACUUUAAUGAUCAUGCAUGGCUGCAUGCAGAUACAUGAGUGAUUAAUUUGGUUACAAUCAUAUUUUAUGUUUGAUUUACGUGUGAGUUAAUUAGCUCGGUUUAAAGCUUUUGAGUGAAUUAAUUUUGCUGGUAAAAGAGUAAAAAAUAUGAACUGGGUGAUGGUUUUUUAUCUAACAAAUGUAACUUACUUUUUUUUUUAAACAAUAAUC